ACGUCGUCGGCCGGGUCCAGGCUGGGUGUGUGGGAGGCGCGGGCAGUGCGCGGCGCAGGAGGCGGGCGGCGGCAGUCAUGGCAUCUCGGCGGGCUCUGCAUUUCGUUUUCAAAGUGGGAAACCGCUUCGAGACAGCGCGUUUCUAUCGCGAGGUCCUGGGGAUGAAGGUGCUGCGGCAUGAGGAAUUUGAAGAAGGUUGCAAAGCUUCCUGUAAUGGGCCUUAUGAUGGGAAAUGGAGUAAAACUAUGGUGGGAUUUGGACCCGAGGAUGAUCAUUUUGUUGCCGAGCUGACUUACAAUUAUGGCAUUGGCCACUACAAGCUUGGCAAUGACUUCAUGGGUAUCACAGUGGCUUCUAGCCAGGCCAUCAGCAAGGCCAGGGAGCUGGAGUGGCCACUCACGGAAGUCACAGAAGGUGUUUUUGAAACCGAGGCCCCGGGAGGAUAUAAAUUCUACCUGCAGAAACACAAUGGGCCUCAGUCAGAUUCUGUAGUGAAAGUAACUCUAGCUGUAUCUGAUCUUCAGAAGUCCUUAAACUACUGGUCUAGUCUACUGGGAAUGAAAAUUUAUGAAAAGGAUGAAGCGAAGCAAAGGGCCUUGCUGGGCUAUGCAGAUAACCAGUGUAAGCUGGAGCUGCAGGGCAUCAAGGGUACAGUUGAUCAUGCAGCAGCUUUUGGAAGAAUUGCCUUUUCUUGCCCCAAAAGUGAGUUACCUGAAUUAGAAGAACUGAUGAAACGCGAGAAGCAGACGAUCCUGACUCCCCUGGUGAGCCUGGACACUCCCGGGAAAGCCACAGUGCACGUGGUCAUCCUGGCCGACCCUGAUGGACACGAAAUUUGCUUUGUUGGGGAUGAAGCCUUUCGAGAACUUUCUAAGGUGGAUCCUAAGGGAAGCAAGUUGUUGGAUGACGCCAUGGCAGCAGAUAAAAGUGAUGAGUGGUUUGCUAAUCAUAAGAGACCAAAGGCUUCGGGUUAGUGGAAGACUUCGUGGGGAGCAAGCGCUGUGGUUCCUGGCCAGCAUGAGGCGUCGUGCAGGCAGGGGGUCCCAGGUGAUGAACAUGGCUGUAUUAUAAUCCUUCAGAGCUGUCGCAUAUUUUAGAAAUGAAACCCAAUUCUCACCCAGGCACAGAAGCUCUUCACCGGAAUGGCAUGUUGUUUGUACGACUGUUCAAGGUGUGGCAAGGACCUUCCAGCCUGGGACAGUCCCAUGCCACCCUGACUGGGCAGGGAGGGGGUUUUGAGGUGCUGGGGGUCAUGUGGAUCUUCAGAGCAUGACCGUAAUCUCUUCCCUGACCUUGCCCUGACAGAUACUGAUAUUUAAGAUUUUUGUUUUGGAGAAGCUUUGUUCCUUGCUUAAGAGUUGGUUGACACCCCAUCUCACAUGCUCUGACAUUCUGAGUUGCUACAGAAUGCAAGAGGGUCUUCCCGUGUUGGUCUGCUCCACGCCUGGCUCUCUAUAUGAUUUUUUUUAAUCCUCCCAAGAUAGAACACCAUGUUAAACUUUCUAAAAUUUCUUAAAUGAUUUCCUCAGCCUUCAAAAAAAGUGUUUUUUUUUUUUUCUUUU